AUGACGAACGUACUAUUAGACAAAUUAAAAAGGAGCAGGAAAGCAGCACGAUCAGCGUUUUCAAAAGCUUUUUCGGUGUUUAACGAAGAAAUAAAUCAAGAGGAACCUAUAUAUGAAGAUGUUCAAGUCGCUUUUCAAAUAUUAGAGGUUAGAUCUUUUGAGUUAGAUGCUUCGAAUACUAAAAUUUGUGAAGCUAUGGUAGAAUUGACGGCUGAAAAAGAAGAUCAUGAGAAAAUAAUGGAGGAUGAAUAUGAGGGAGCAGCGGAAUAUACAAGUAAAUAUUUACGUGCAAAAAUUGAGGUUAUUAAAUUGAAUAAACGACAAAAUCAACCGGAACAACGACAACAAACUUUUCAACAUGCUCCAACCACUGAUAAUGAUUCUAAAAGGAGAUUUAAGUUACCAAAAAUUGAAUUAAAAAAAUUCGGUGGUGAUUUAAAAGACUGGUUGCAAUUUUGUAGUCAAUUUAACAACAUUCAUGAUGAUAAGAGUAUCACUAAAGAAGAUAAGUUCCAGUAUUUGACUCAAGCAAUGAUUCCGAAUUCAAGAGCAGCUGAUUUAGUAAACAGUUACCCACCAACAAAUGAUAAUUAUGAUAAAGUUAUUGAUAGUUUAAAAAGUCGUUUCGGUAAAGAUGAAUUACUAGUUGAAGUUUAUGUUCGAGAAUUAUUAACAUUAGUGAUAAAUAAUGCUAUCAAAUCAAAUGAAGAAACGUCAUUGUCAAAAAUUUAUGAUAAAUUGGAGGCACAAUUACGUGCUCUUGAAUCACUUGGUGUUACAAAAGACAAGUGUGCUGCAAUGUUAUAUCAUUUAGUUGAAUCAUCUUUACCAGAAGAGUUAAGAAGAACGUGGCAAAGGCAAGCAACUACGAUCAAAUGUAAAGACAUUGGAGAAAGAUUAACUAAAUUGACAGAAUUUUUACAAGAUGAAGUUGAAAACGAAGAAAGACUUAAAAUGGCUAAGAAAAUAAAGACGACAAAUGAAACUAGCAUUCCAACAGCUACUGGGUUACUGACAAAGGAAGGUAAAAAUGUCAAACAGAAUUUUAAAACUUAUACUUGUAUAUUUUGUGGAGAAGAACAUCGGAGUUCAAGAUGUGGAAAAGCGAAACAGAUGACACUUGAUGAUAAGUGGAACAUCGUUAAAGAAAAGAAUUGUUGUUUUAAUUGUUUGAUACCAGGUCACAAUACACAAGAAACAUGCGGGAAGAAACAUUCAAUACUAUUGUGCCGAGGAAUAUUGAAUCCAGAGAGCUCAUCAAGAAAAACAGCCAAAGAAGAUUCAAGUAAAUAUAAUAAAGAAGCCAACUUAGCUAAUUUGUCGUUAAUACCAGAAGUUUGUCUUCAAACUGUACGGGUAAUAUUAAAAAAUGGAGAUGAAAAACGCAUAGUACGAGCAAUAUUGGAUAGUGGGUCUCAACGAUCAUAUAUUUCAAAACGAGUAGCGGAAGAAAUGAAUUAUCAAUCACAUUGUAAGAAUCAAGUUGUCCAUUUGCUGUUUGGUGGAACUAAAACAAAACCACAGGACCAUAAAGGUUAUUUAAUUCAUCUUGAAAGCUUAAAUAAUCAGUAUGCUUGCAAUUUUAUGGCGUUUGAUCAAGAUAAAAUUUGUCAUGGGAUUCCUAGUAUUAAUAAUGGACCAUGGAUUCAAGAAUUAUUAAACAAUAAUAUUAUAUUAACUGAUGUGAGUCAAACUUUUGAUCCUAUUGAUAUUUUAAUUGGUGCCGAUGUACUUGGAAAAUAA